AUGAGCAACCUCCUUCAAAGUAUACCCGAAGGACGCAUCGACUUCGCGGGCCAAAAGCUCGUGGACACCAUAUCAAAAAUAGUCCUCAUCACAGCCGUCGUAAUAUCAUUCAUCGCGGGCUUCGCACUCCAAGAUAUCCGUGUGACGUUUGGUCUGUUCGGCGCAUCGACGGCGUUGUUGUCUUUGGUCGUGCUGCCGCCAUGGCCGAUGUUCAAUCAACACCCCGUAAAAUGGCUUGACAGCAAGGGUAAUGGGAAGGAGAAGGCGAGUUAG